CGCCGUACAGACAAGAACAUAGUGAAUAGUAGUAGAACGCAUUUUCGUUGCGAUCGAGUUUUUUUUUUCGUUAAUCUCAAUUCCAUUCUUUCGUUCCUUCCUUCGCCUUUUUGGUUGAAAUUCGUCGUAUCGAGUGUUCAGUGCCGUGUCGUGCUUUUACGCCAAGUGAAGGAUUUCAGUCGUUCGUUUGAGCUCGUUGCACAAACAUCGCCAGCCCGAAGUGGAACAAGCACAAGGAUUAAGUGAUCAGUGUUGAUCAGUGAUCGAACCGCUCAGCAAGUGAACGUUUAAAGGACAAUCAAGCUUUAUGGAAUACUUGUGAGGGAUUAUCGUUUCAAAGUUUUACCAAGAGACUUCAAGAGUGUACUAGAAAAGAGCAGUGCUCAACAUUUACUUAAAGGACACAGUGAAUUAUGCCAACAUCGAUCAUGCAGAAAAACUACAGCCAUUGCCCGCUCAAGAAGCGGCCAGUUUUCAUCGACGAAGAAAUUAAAAAUGAUUCUGAAUCCGAUAUGGAACCAGAGAACCUUAGCACAAAACCGGAGGAUCUCUCCAUGAAGAAAAAGAAGGCUCGUUCUGAAUCCCCGGUGGCAAUUGUGAUCAAAGCUGAGGAAACUUUACCAACACCGCCACCUUCGUCCUCUCCGGAUCCCAGUGAAACAAAGUCUCCUAUCUCCGUUCCUACCCCGAUCUACGGAUCGCACCCCUCGAUCUACUAUCCAACUUCCCGAUCGCCAACCUCGCCAGCAGAGCCACUGCACAACUUUUACAAAUCCGCACCCAAUGUGUACUCCGGCUAUCCUCACUUCCCGUACGCAAUGCCUUACCCGUCUGAUCUCUACAAUUUGUACCAUCACCACAUUUCGCCACCGCGAUCGGAGCCUCUAUCUCCGUAUGCUCAACGUGAAACGUCCGUUUCGCCACCGCAUCCUGGACACUACGGUCGCCAGGAAUCGAUCUCACCACCGACAAUGGUUCCGGCCUAUCCGGCAACGGAACUUCGGAUAAACCAGAACAACAACAUCAUCAAAUCGGACUCGUUUGUCCGCCAGCACCGCUACAUGCCAUACAGUCUCAGCCAUCAUCAUCAGCUCAUGAUGCCUGUAGAACAUCCAUCUCUAUCGCCAGCCUCCAGCCACACCUCGUUCAACUCAUACCUAUCGUCGAACCGCUCGCUAUCUCCUGCCAGAUCCAGUCCUUCAACGUUAUCCGAGGAAAACAACAACACCAGCGCAUCUCCAUCCAUCCUAACCGAGAAGUCCACCUCCAGUUCCAACAUCCAAAAAGUUAAAAGUGAUAAACCGAGCGACAAACCCAAUGGCUCUGGUGCCCCGCGCUACCAGUGCCCGGACUGUGGCAAAUCAUACUCCACCUACUCGGGACUCUCGAAGCACCAGCAAUUCCACUGUCCUGCUGCCGAAGGCAACCAAGCGCAGAAGAUUUUCGUCUGCAAGGAGUGCAACAAACCGUACAAAACGCUCGGUGCCCUCAAAAUGCACAUCCGUACCCACACGCUUCCCUGCAAGUGCAACCUCUGUGAUAAGGCUUUCUCCCGACCGUGGCUGCUGCAGGGACACAUCCGUACCCACACCGGAGAGAAACCGUUCGUCUGCAAGCUCUGCUCGCGAGCCUUCGCCGAUCGGUCAAACCUCCGAGCCCACCAGCAGACCCACGAGGACGUAAAGCGUUUCAAGUGUCCAACCUGCACGAAAUCGUUCUCGCGCUUGCCACUGCUCACGAAGCACAACGAAACCGGAUGUCCGGGAAUGCAACUCCCAGGAUCACAGCCCGCUCCAAGUUCCCCAUCGCAGCAGUCGCAUGACGAAAAGUACAUCCCUACCGUGUUAUCGCAUAGCAACAUCGCUGUCUACUAGAUCCAAGUAGAUACUUAAACCCGUACAACACACUCACAGAUACAUACACGCAUAUACGACAGUGCCUUUUCGUCGCCAAUCACAACACAUAGUUUACCGCAAAAGACUGAAACUCAUUGCCACCGCGACCGUUAAAAACAAGCAAAAAAAAAAAGAGAAGAAAAAGUUAGCUUUCACUCGUGUAGGACCCGAAGCCGCGACAAACCGUGUUUACGUGUUCCUCAAAGUGAAAACAGAAAAAGAACAGUUAGCCACAGUUGUUUGUAAAUAGUUUAUUUAUUCGACGAGAUAAGUUAAACCUAUUUCAGAAAAAAAAUUGCAGUUUCCAGAAAUUUACCAAAAAAACUAGUUUCGUGCAUUUGUAUUACUUCGAGUGGAGAACAAAAUUGAACGUCACGAAUGAUUGUUUUUAGUUGUCGUAAGUUAUUUAUUUUCUCUAUGAGUCGAAAAGAACAUGGAACAGCUUCGAGUUACUGCUGGUCGGUUUCCCCGCCAGUAAAUGUCCUCCCCGUCUCUCCCCCGGAGGGGAUUGGGUGGACAUUGGGGAAACAUUUAAAUUAAACUUUUUUAAGAAAGUUGCUGAGCUAGUCAGUUAGUGUAAUUUUAUUUUUUUUAUUUUAGUUGUACCAUUCUUCUCUCACUCCUUACAUAGUUAGUCUAGAGUUUAAUGUCUCGUGUAAGUGACAAUUAAUCAGAACUAUUUCAAAAAGGAUCUCAGUUGUAUGAAAUUCCUGCGGAUCGAACGCCAUUUCAAGUGAAUAUUGUGCCUUUAGAAAACUACGCCCGCCCGGGGGAAAAAAGACAAGAAACGGAUGCAUUUCAAAUAGCCAUUUUUUUGCUUCUUUCUGUGUAACAAAACCAUGACAAAUUAGAGUUAAGCGAAACCACGUUUUUUGAUACAAAUCUACCAGGCUCUCUAUCUUUACGGUACACAGAACCUACACCGCUACCAAUUGUACAUUUUCUUGUAUUUUUAUAUACCGUAGACCCAAUAAGCAGAAACUUAAUAUAUUUUGUUUUCAUUGUUUAGUGAUUAAGAAUUUUUAUACAAUAAGACAUUUCUAUGAAAAAGAGAAAAAAAAACAAAACAACAAAAAAAGACAAAA